UUCAAAAUGGCUGUGCCAACAGAUAUGGAUGGUUUCAAUGAUAAAAUUGGAACCACUGACACAUAUUCAAAGUUAUCAUUAGGAGAUGCUCUUAUUAAUUAUUUAGGAAACCAUGGUAAUUCAAUAGAAUGCACAGACAUUGGACAAUUCAUUGAUAAACUUGUGCCAUGGUUGACUUGCAGUAAUUUUAAGGUUUCCCAAAAAGGUCUGGAAAUAAUGACGGCGCUCGUAGAUCGAAUGAAACAUGAUUUCAAGCCAUACGUUCCAACUGUUUGUCCAGCAAUAGUUGAUCGAUUAGGUGAUAGUCACGAAAGCGUGAGAGAAAAAGCUCAAGCUUUGCUUAUGGUUUUUUUAGAAAAGGAAGUUUUGACGCCGCAGCAAUUGUUCGACAGAGUGACAUAUUCAUUUUCACAUAAAAAUUCAAAAGUCCGAGAAGAAAUAAUGAUUUGCCUCGUAAACACGAUCAACAUGUUCGGUUCAAGCGCUAUAUCACUUUCAAAAUUAACUCCUCAUUUAGUUAAAUUGUUAGCCGAUCAAAAUAUUCACGUUCGAGAGCAAGCAUUUAGUACUCUUAUGGAAAUAUAUCGAAGAGUCGGUGAUCGAUUAAGAAUCGAUAUACAACGAAGAUAUGCAUCAACAAUUAAUCCAUCGAGAAAGGUUGUGAAAACAUUACAAUCGAGAAAACCUCCUUCAACUCCAUUAGGAGGUUCGACUUCAUUAGUUCGUGAGUAUUCGAAUGCUGCUACUUGUUCCUCCCCUCCCUCUAUAUUGCAAAAUGAAAAUAAUUUUUGUUUUCUCCCCCUCCCCCCUCUAGCUGGUGCCGUAGAUGAAGAUUUUUUUCUAAACGCAUUCGAAGAUGUGCCUACCGUUCAAAUAUUUUCAACACACGAAUUAAAAGAAAUGGUUAAUACAAUCGCGACGACAAUCGGAAACGUCGAAACUGAUUGGGAUAAACGUGUGGAUGCUUUCAAACGCAUACGUUCUUUGCUUAUCGCCGGAGCCGCAAGUUACGAAGAAUUCAACGAAUUUAUUAAAAAAUGGGAAUUGCCCUUCAUAGAAUCAUUGAAAGAUUUAAGAUCUCACGUCGUACGAGAAACUUGUGUCACCAUCGCGUAUUUGGCUCAAAAUCUAGGCAUUAAAUUUGGACGUUUCGCAGAAGUCGUUUUUCAAAAUUUGAUUAAUUUGAUACAGAGUAGUGCCAAGGUGAUCGCUUCGUCCGCUUGCACUUGCAUUCGUUUUAUCAUACAAAACGUACACAAUCAAAGAUUAUUACCCAUAAUCAAUAAUAAUCUAACGUCGAGGUCGAAGGAAAUUCGGAAAGCCAUGUGCGACGUAUUAGAUCAAUUACUUCACACUUGGCCUUUAUCAAUAUUAGAUAAACGUGUGCCUCUAUUGCAAGAAGCGGUCAGACGUGGUGUGUCGGAUGCUGACAAGGAAGCCAGAGUCUCUGCGAGAAGAGCUUAUUGGGCUUUCAAAGGAUAUUUUCCCGAUCAAGCGGAUGCAUUAUUGGCAACACUUGACUAUUCGUAUAAGAAAAUGCUCUACGGAGAAGCUUCACUAUCAGGUUCAAAUCAAAGUCUUAAUCAGGGUUCAUUAACUCGUCAGUCGUCCGCUUCUGGAAGGUCUCGCGUUCCAGUCACGUCCGCCGGUGAAAAGAAAAUAAUGUCGCCGGGAAAUCGGUCCAACAGUGCCAUCGAUUUGCAAGCCGCCCAAAGGGCAAAUGCGAGAGCUCAAUAUGCGGCCAUGAAUCGUCUUAAAGCCGGAUCCGGUGCUUCUUUACGCGACGAACACGGUUACAGUUCCCGUAAAUCGAGAAAAUCUCCAGAAAUAUCGGCUAUGGCAUCACCGGAAAGGCUCAGCCGGCCUAGAAGUAGAGUUUCCGGUUAUUCGCAAUCACAACCUACAAGUCGUUCAGCAUCACCAUCUUCUCAUCUCAGUUACCACACUUAUCAGUCACCGACGACGAGGCCUCGAAAACUAUCCGGGGGUGGAAUAUCGGGAAUACCCGGACCGAGGAGUUCGACAAAUUCACGGGAAACAUCCAGAGAAACGAGUCCUUCGAGACUCGGAUCACUCUCAAGAUUACGUACGGGUAGAGGAUUGUCUCAUUAUUCAUCUUUGGAUAGACCGCCAUCAUCUAUAAGACCCGUAAUGACUCAAAAAAUUUUACAACAGAGUAGAGAAGCUGAAAACGCAUUGGCUGACGCAUUGAAUUUUGACGACGGUCACAACGACUUGGUUCGAUCUUUAAAUUUGAAAAAAUCGAGUAAAUUAUUUGAUGAUCAUUCCGACGAAUCGGAAACGUCGAGCGUGUGCUCGGAAAGAAGCUUUGAUUCGCUAAGAAGACCAUCUGAUGUGAAAUUAGUUAUUGCAACUCAUGCUUUGAUUUGUUUGUUGUGGCUACAGUCUUAUUCAUGGAGCGGAUCACAAAGUAGAAUAUACAAGGAUUUUUGGAACGAUUCAGGAUGUAGGGAUAUAUCUGAAAUAAUAGCGAGUUUUUCGAGGACAUCUUGGAGCGAAAGAAAAGAGGGUCUCGUCGGAUUGCAUCAGUAUCUACGAAAUGGUAAUUUAUUAACUCCGUUAGAACUUAAAAUAGUUACCGAAAUAUUUACUAAAAUGUUUAUGGAUUCUCAAACAAAGGCGUUCACGCUCUUUUUAGACACUCUUAACGAAAUAAUAAUUAAACAUCAAGCGGAUUUAAAUGAUUGGUUGUAUAUAUUGUUAACGAAAUUAUUGAAUAAAUUGGGGAGCGACGUGUUGACGUCGAUAGGAAGAAGAAUUUUGUACACAUUGUCUUUAGUGAGGGAAAAUUUUUCUACGGAAUUGCAAAUGAACGAAAUGUUGCGUUUCAUAAUCGAUCCGACACAGACGCACAACACCAAAGUCAAAGUGGCCGCUUUAAAUUAUUUGACGAGACUUGCAUCGGAAAUGGAAUCGUCCGAUUUUAAUCCAGGCAAUCCGACAGCAGCGGCUCUUGCGAAAAUGAUUAAUUGGACAAAAGGCUCGGAUGCGAAAGGAAGCGGAGAAGUUAAAAGAGCCGCACAAGAAGCCAUCGUUGCUUUGUUCAAUUUAAAUCCAUCCCUGAUAACGAUGAAAUUGGCGGAAUUUAAUAAAGAAUAUCAAGAGCUUGCGGCAAAUCUAGUCCAAAGUCAUUUACGUUAUUCUAGUGGCGGCGUGGGAGGUGGAGGAGGAGGCGGAAGCGGAUCCGCCCCCUCAAGCCCCGCGCCGAUGCCUUUGAGCCCAUCAAGGCCUUCAUUGCUUAGCUUAAAAAAUAAUCAUUACGAACCCGAUUCCAUUGAUUCCGAUGAAAUUUACAAGCGCACCACGGCGGAAAUACAAAAUUAUAGCUUUGAAUCAAAAUUGGUCGAACGGGAUCGGGAUACGACAUCUCAAGAUUCUGGUAUCAGUCAAAUGUCUGCGGGUCCGGGUGAUAAAAUGGAGGCUUUGGAAGAAAGAUUCGAGGCUAUAACAAUACAAGGAAGCAACUCGGGUCACUCCUCGUCGUUGUCAUCCCCAACUCAACGCAUAAAAGAAUACAACGGAAUGGAAAAAACAUUGGCGGGUGAUUCGUUGGACGAUGCGGAUGGUUUUCAAGAGGGAAAUCCCGAAGAAGAAGCUGAGGCUUGGAAAAACGUUCUUCAAACUUUAGGCUCGGUCAAUAGCGAUCCGUUGACGAGUCAACAAAAAGAAGCCUUAGUUCUUUUAUUCAGACUCGUCAGACAGGGAAGCACUCUGACGCUCACUCAAAAUUUUAGGAAGUUAUUUAAAAUCUUAGUACAGUUAUUACCGUUAAUAGACGCGUCACAAACAAAUAAAGUCAUUUCCGACGUGACCGUCAUAACUCAAGUCCUGAGAACGAUAACGGAAAUGUUUAAAAAACCAGCUUUGACUCAUUUGUUUGCGGAUUUCACGGAAUUACUUUUGAUGAAAGUCAUGAGAUUGUUCGAAGGCACGCAUAAGGAUAACAAAGAGGUUGUGCGUCACGCGGAAACGUGCUGUUCGGCCAUGGCAACAGUAUUACCCGUAGAUACGACAUUGAAAAUGUUGAACGCAUUCGCUCACACGAAAGAACAUCCGGCAAACAUGUACGCCGUUAAAACUAUAACAAAAGUCGUUCAGCACAGGAAUAAGGAAUUGAUAUUGCCGCAUUUGAAGCAAACCAUGACGGCGUUGAUCGAGGCUUACAACAGCGAGCACUCGUCCGUUAGAAAAAGCGUAGUCUUUUGUAUAGUCGCUCUUCAUGCCGUUUUCGGCGAGGAAGAACUCGGUCCGUACCUUGAUAAAUUAUGUCCUAGCAAAAGAAAAUUGUUAAAUUUGUACAUAAAAAGACAACAGCACGGAACAUCGAUUCCGGCCAACGAAUCUAAAAAUAGUUCAGAUUCGGGGCCAACAUUGUAA